UCAGGGGAAGUGACGUCGGCGGACCCGCGCUGUCUUCCGGGCUGUGUACAGAUGCUAGUGCCUGAGGAGCGCUCUGCAGGUUCUAGGUUCGGUUCGGUCAGAGAACACCUCCAAAGAUCCGGGGAAGAAUCUCGGAGCUUCGCAGAGUCGGACCGCAGCGGAACCGGAAGGAAGCUGCAUGGCUGCCGCGGUUUCUGCGGGAGGGCCACCUCUGAUCAUGGAGAACGGACAGACCGCCCCCCCCCCCCCCCACCCUACAACCACCACCACCAAGCUGGGCCUGCCUCCACUCACCCCCAACCAGCAGGAGGCGCUGCAGAAGGCCAAGAAAUAUGCCAUGGAGCAGAGCAUCAAGAGCGUGUUGGUGAAGCAGACGCUGGUGCAGCAGCAGCAGCUCAGCAGCCUGCAGAUGGCUCCUCUCACCAUGGGCUUAGGAGACGCUCUGUCUCCCCUGCAGUCGGUGGCAGCCCAGCGGCAGAGGGCUCUGGCCAUCAUGUGCCGGGUUUACGUGGGCUCCAUCUACUACGAGCUGGGCGAGGACACCAUCAGACAGGCCUUCAUCCCCUUUGGACCCAUCAAAAGCAUCGACAUGUCCUGGGACUCCGUCACCAUGAAGCACAAGGGUUUCGCCUUUGUGGAGUAUGAAGUCCCAGAAGCCGCCCAGCUGGCGCUGGAACAGAUGAACUCUGUGGUCCUCGGCGGGAGGAACAUCAAGGUGGGGAGGCCGAGUAACAUCGGCCAGGCUCAGCCAAUCAUUGACCAGCUAGCAGAGGAAGCGCGUGCCUUCAACAGGAUCUACGUGGCCUCAGUGCACCCGGACCUUUCUGACGAAGACAUCAAGAGCGUCUUUGAGGCCUUUGGGAGGAUUAAGUCAUGCAUGUUGGCCCGCGAGCCGACCACCGGACGGCACAAAGGCUACGGCUUUAUUGAGUAUGACAAGCCUCAGUCAGCCCUGGACGCCGUGGCCUCCAUGAACCUCUUUGACCUGGGGGGUCAGUACUUGAGGGUGGGGAAAGCUGUGACUCCGCCCAUUCCCCUCCUCACACCAACAACUCCUGGAGGACUUCCUGCGGCGGCGGCCGUGGCUGCGGCUGCGGCCAGUGCAAAGAUCACAUCACAGGAUCCAGUUGGAGCUUCGCUGCUCGGACCUCUGGCGGGACCAGCGCUUCUCUCGCAGCAGCUCGGACUUCCCCAGGCCGUCAUGGCUGCCCAGGCCCCAGGUGUCAUCACAGGUGUGACCCCGGCCCACCCCCGCCUGCCUCAGGUGGGGCUGGUGAACCCGGUGCUGGCCACGCCCCCGUCGGUGAUGGCUUCGCUGGGCUCGGAGCUGAAGAAGAAGGAGGAGGAGCACCAGCAGGAGGCGCAGCAGGACGGCGCCUCGGAGCCGCUGAGCGAGCAGGAGCACAUGAGCAUCAGCGGCAGCAGCGCGCGGCACAUGGUGAUGAGGAAGCUGCUCCGGAAGCAGGAGUCCACCGUCAUGGUCCUCAGGAACAUGGUCGGCCCCGAGGACAUCGACGACGACCUGGAGGGCGAGGUGACGGAGGAGUGCGGGAAGUUCGGCCAGGUGAAGCGGGUGAUCAUCUACCAGGAGCGGCAGGGCGAGGAGGACGACGCCGACGUCAUCGUCAAGAUAUUCGUGGAGUUCUCGGAGGCGGCGGAGAUGAACCGCGCCAUCCAGGCGCUCAACAACCGCUGGUUCGGGGGCCGCAAGGUGGUGGCCGAGGUGUACGACCAGGAGCGCUUCAACGGCGGCGACCUGUCGGCGUAGGACCGGCACAGAACCGUGGACCGUAGAACAUAGUGGCCUCUUCCGGACCCGUCGGGUUCUGAAGGAGUCCGUAGAAACACUUCCUCCUCUCCAGGACCAGGGGAGCGGGCCGAGCUGCCGGUUCCCGUCUCCUCUACAGAACCUCCUGUUCCUCCUGCCGGUACCGGUUCCGUCACGCAGAACUCUUCUGAAACCUGCUGGGUCGCGUCGCUGGCAGAUCUCAGGACAGAUCUGGACCUGGGCCGUUACGGGCACAGAAUUCUGGUUCUGGUCGGUCCAGGGAACGAGCGGGUCCAGGUUGGCCUGGAGCUGAGACUUCUUGGGUUCUGCUUCCGUUUUCAUGAACCUUUGUUCUGUUUCCUGAAGCUGGUUCCGUCUGCACGGGUUCUCAGAACUGAACGAACAGAACCGAGCUGCGUCCCGCGGCUCUUCAGGACGUUGCAGGUCAAACAUGUGAAUAAAUGUUUUACAGCUGUUUAAAA